AUGGAUAAUAAUAAUAACAAUAAUAAUAAUAAUAACAAUAAUAAUGAUAAGCAGCAGCAACCACAACAACAACAACAACAACAACAAUUUAGACAAACACCACCAUUACCACCAACUACCUAUUCACCUCAGAAUUUAGGUAGUAGUAGUAAUUCCCCAACAGUUGGUCAUUAUAAUAUUUCACCACCUCCUUUGACAAGUGGUGUAUAUCGAUCACCUGGUAGCUCUCAGUAUGUCUCACCGGUAACUGGUGUAACUCCUCAAAAGACUCUGUCGCCAAUUGACACAUCACCAACAGUCAAUCCCAAUAAAACACCUUCUCCUUCUAUAUCUGCGCCUGCUGUGACCAAUCCAAACAUGGAACUAUCGAAGCCGACUUCACCAAAUCUCUUCACACCAAGCAACUAUACAUCACCGAGUCCUCCACUUGAUAAAGUUAUCUCUCCGCCUAAAGCCAGAAUAAUGGAUGAAUCGGACAAUGAUUUGGUAGUGGGUGGAAGUGGAGGUGAAAUAGAAAAAGAAAAAGAAAAAGAAAAGAAGAAAAAGAAAAAAAAGGAAAAGGAAAGGGAUGCAGAUACCGACAACAAUACAAAAGGCGAUCUUGAAGAUUCAGAUAACAAUCAAAGUGAUGGUGAUGAUGACGAUGACAAUGAUAAUGACGAUAAUGCUGAUGAUCCUGAGAAAAAGAAGAAGAAAAAGAAAAAGAAGGAAAAGAAAAAGUUAAAGAAAGAAUUGAAAAGACAACUAAAAGAAGAGAGAAAGGAACAACAACAAACUACCGGAAGUGAUUCCGGUGGUGGUGGUGGUUUAAGUGAUUUAGAUAAUAAUAAUAAUAACAACAAUAACAAUAAUAAUAAUUUGUUAUUACCAAAACCACCUUCUGUCAUUCAAUUAUCAAAGAAGAAUAAAAAUAAAGAUAAAGAAGGAAAUGUUAAAAAGAGACAACUGCCACCCGGUGGUGUCAUACGAUCGAGUGCUGCUGGCGGUGGUGUAGAUGGCAUUGGCAAGAUACCAAAGGAGUUUCUCGAGAUGGAAAGUCCCAAUAGCACACAACCGAUACUGCAACAGCUGCAACACUCCAUUGGCUUUAAGAAUGGUGGCGGUGCCGGCAAAAAUGGAAACAAAGUUCCAGUAUGGAGAAAGGUGUUGAAAGACGAUUCGAAACUCUUCUCAAACGAGCGUACAUGGAUGAGUUGGGUCGGACUUACUUUCUCACUCGGUGCGAUCGGUACAUCGAUCAUCACUUUCUUUGGCACUGAAAACAUUACACUGUUCACCGGUGUCUCACUGUGGGUGAUUGCCCUCGGAUUCCUCAUAUACUCAUACCUUAUGUUCCGAAGAAGAAGACAUGCCAUCUUAACAAAAACAAGAGGUCCUUUCUAUGAUCCAAUCGGGCCAAUUGCUUUAAUUGUUACUGUAGUUUUAUCUGUUGAUUAA